AUGAACUGCUUUGGGGUAACUUCACUGAUUUGUCUUAAUAUUUGUUUGUUCGGUUUAGGAGAGACUGUCAUAAGUAAUGUCAAGACUUGUACAUCUAAGGGCGCAAGGAAUGUUGGAGCUGUGGAGGAACCACUCAAGGCAGAAGAGAAAAAUAAAUCUGCAGAUAUUUCAAAAAAAAAAGACCAAUGCCUUGUACCAUGUGAUGUUCAAGCUAAAAUUUUACGAGGGGAAAAACAUUACAUGUGCAGAAAUUUGCAGAACUCACUUGUUGAAUAUGCAAGAAGUACAAAAAAAAUGGUAAGGAACAUGAUGGAUGAUCAACAGUCUUCUUUGGACUACCUUUCUAAUCAGGUAAAUGAAGUAAUGAACAGACUUCUUCUUUUGAAUGCAGAAGUUUUGAGAAAGCAUUUGGAUCCACUUUCUUACAAAGCAGUUCAGUCUCAUGGAUUGGAUUGCACUGAUAUUAAAGAUACUGUUGGUUCAGUUUCAAAAACUCCAACUGGCCUGUACAUUAUCCAUCCAGAAGGAUCAAAUUAUCCUUUUGAGGUUUUGUGUGACAUGGAUUUUCAAGGAGGUGGAUGGACUGUGGUUCAGAAAAGAACUGAUGGAAUCAUCCCGUUCCAGAGAACAUGGUCUGAAUAUCUGGAUGGAUUUGGUGACCUUUCUGGGGAAUUUUGGCUUGGAUUGAGGAAGAUUUUUUACAUAGUAAAUCAAAAAGCCACUAGUUUCCGUCUUUAUGUGGAUUUGGAAUCAGAAAAUGACAAGCAUGCCUAUGCAUCAUAUGAUGGAUUUUGGAUAGAUGAUGAAACAUGUUCUUUUAAGAUCCAUUUGGGGCGUUAUUCAGGAAAUGCUGGUGAUGCAUUUAGAGGAUACAGGAAAGAAGAUAACCAGAAUUCAAUGCCUUUCAGCACAUUUGAUGUUGAUAAUGAUGGAUGCAGGCCAAUGUGCACUAUUAAAGAGCAGCCUGUAAAGAGCUGCAGUAACUUCAGUGAUAACACUGGCUGGUGGUUCAACCAAUGCGGCCUUGCAAACCUUAAUGGUGUUCAUCGCUACACAGGUAGAUUUCUUGCAACUGGGAUUCACUGGGAUACAUGGACAAUGAACAACAAGCCAAUCAAAAUUAAAUCAGUUUCAAUGAAAAUUCGGAGAACCUAUAGUCCAUAUUUCCAUUAGCCUAUGAAAAUAGAAAUACAUCUCUUCUUGCAGUUAUAUGGGAUAAUGUAUCACUGAAUUAUAAAUGCCUUUCAUUUUCACUUCAACACUGCAGUCUUAAACUUUAUUAGAUAUUUCCAUAAUACAGUUACUAAUUUUUAUUAUGAAAUGACAGCAUUUGUUGUGUUCCUGCUUAAGUAAGAAGGUCCUAAGAAGAAUAGGAUUUUCAGAAAAUGAUGAACUUUGGAGUUUGUCAGCUUUUAUUCAACUUCCUCUUAUGCAGUCUCAGUGUCAGCAGAAAAAUUACGAAAAGGAGUGUCAUUCUGACUUUUGAAGGUGGUUUUUCUAUGUUCUCUGCAAAUCUGAAAUGACAAAAAAAAUCAGCAGAUUUUCUUUUAGAAAGCCAUAUAUCUGUCUUUCUCAUCAUUGUAUUUUGGAAGAAUACCUUUUCUUCAGUGAAGCUGAAUUUUCCAGAAUCGGCUCUUCUUUCUGUAUUGCUUAUCAGGCAACACUGUCUUAUUUCAACACAUAUGUAAGGUUCGGUAUAUUCUCAGGGCCUGAUUUUCAUACAGGUAAGGUAGAUACUGACAUAAAAGAACUAUGGUCUGGUUUAUAUAUAAUUUUCACAGUCAAUGUGUUUCAUAAUCGGAUUUUUACUCUACCAUGGUCUAUUUCACAAUUCACUACAAAUGAACACUUGUUUUCCCAAAGAAAAUGCAUAACAUUUCAUAUACCCUUUGGAGUUUUAAUUUUUUGAUAUAUAGGCCUGAUCUUAUGUCUUUCAUUCUUACUGGUAUUCACUUUGUGAAUGAACAAAACCAAUUUGAUUUGUAGAAGUGGUAAUAUGGUAAUGAACAUAAUAUGGUAAUGAACAAAACCAAUUUGAUUUGUAGAAGUGCAUUUUAAAUUGUGUGAAUUGUUUGAAUUUCUGACAGUAAAAAUGGAAUAAUAUCAAUAAAAAGUGUGAACAUUGUCAGUACAGCA